AUGAAGAGCUAUCUUUCAUACUUCUUGUUAGUGCCCCAGUUGGCAACCUGCUUCUCCGGGAGCAAGCCAAACGUCAGUAGAAAUACUCUCGUGUCAAAUACCACAAACAAUCUUCCCCUUAAAGUUUCCGUCAUCGGCAGUGGGAGUUGGGGAACCGUCGUUUCCAAAAUUGUCGCCGAAAAUACACACAAGUCGAAAAUAUUCCACCCACUGGUUAAGAUGUACGUAAAGGAAGAAAUUGUAGACAACGACAAAUUAAGCAACAUUAUCAACAAGAAAAAGGAAAACGUAAAGUACAUGAAGGGGAUGAAGGUGCCAGACAAUGUAUUAGCCACUUCGAAUUUGAAGGAUGCGGUUGAGGGUGCCGACUUGCUCAUCUUUGUAGUGCCUCAUCAGUACUUGGAGAGCGUGUUAAACGAAAUUGUGAAAAACGAAAACCUCAAAAAAGACGCAAAGGCGAUAAGCCUAAUGAAGGGAAUCAAGAUAGACAACUGUAAGCCCAUGCUUCUGUCAAGUGUAAUUGAAGAAAAACUAAAUAUUGGGUGCGCAGCUCUGUCCGGCUCCAACAUAGCGAAUGAAUUGUCCACGGAGAAUUUCAGCGAAAGCACCAUCGGCUUUGAAGAUGCCCAGGAAGCGGGGAUCUGGCAAGAGCUCUUCGACAGGACGUACUUCAAGAUCAACUGCGUCGAGGACAAACCGGGGGUAGAGACAUGCGGAGCGUUGAAAAACGUUGUCGCGUUAGGAGUAGGAUUCCUGGAUGCAUCCAGCCACAGCUAUAACACGAAGUCAGCCAUUAUCAGAAUUGGCCUUGAUGAAAUGAAGAGGUUCACGCGCUUUUUCUUUCCGGAUGUUCUAGAUGAAACCUUUUUAGACAGCUGUGGCCUGGCUGAUCUCAUAACUACAUGUCUUGGGGGUAGGAACCUCAAAUGUGCACGGGAGUUCGCCACAAGGAACGGAGCAGAUACCUGGGAUCAGAUCGAAAUGGAGCUUCUGAACGGGCAGAAGCUUCAGGGAAUCCACACCGCCAAGGAAGUGUACUCUGUGCUGGAGCACCACAAAUUAAAAAACGAAUUUCCAUUAUUCACGACAAUCUACGAAAUUGCCUUUCUACAUAAAAAUCCGUCGAGCAUUAUUGAUGUUCUUUCGACAAAAAAAUUAAGACACAUAAAGUAUAAGGGUUAA